UGUUGCAACACAAAGUAGAUCUUGAGGCCAAGCGGUUGUGGGCGUAAGCUACACAAGACGCGCCUAGACCUAGCGGGUUCUUGGCUUAAUUGAAAGCAAGGAUACUUGGAAACAUGACGGAGAAACACCGGUCGCGAUGGUAUUUUGGUGGAAUAUCGUCUAGUGCUGCUGCCUGUGUUACACACCCUUUGGAUCUGAUCAAGGUGCACCUGCAGACGCAGCACGAGGUGAGGAUGAGGAUGGUGGGGAUGACCAUGAGCGUGGUGGAGAGGGAAGGAGUGCUGGCACUCUACUGUGGCCUCAGUGCCUCAGUCUGCAGACAGAUGACAUAUUCUCUGACCCGCUUUGCCAUCUAUGAGACGGUGAGCGAUAAGAUGAAGGAUUGGACCCACGGCCCCAUGCCGUUCUACCAAAAGGUCCUCUUGGGGUUUGCUUCAGGAUUCGCUGGUGGAUUCAUUGGGACCCCUGCAGACAUGGUUAAUGUCAGAAUGCAGAAUGAUGUGAAAGUACCACCAGCACUCAGAAGAAAUUAUGCUCAUGCACUAGAUGGACUGUUUCGAGUAGGAAAAGAAGAGGGAAUGAAGAAGCUGUUCUCUGGAGCCACAAUGGCAUCUAGUAGAGGGGCGCUGGUCACUGUUGGACAGCUUGCAUGUUAUGACCAGUCUAAGCAGCUUGUUCUGGGGACUGGAGCCAUGCAAGACAAUAUUCUUACCCAUUUCCUGGCCAGCAUCAUCGCAGGAGGCUGUGCCACGGUCUUGUGCCAACCACUGGACGUCUUGAAAACCAGGCUGAUGAACUCAAAAGGGGAAUAUGUGGGGGUUCUACACUGUGUGACAGACACUGCUAAACUGGGACCCAUGGCCUUCUAUAAGGGUCUGGUUCCUGCAGGGAUCCGCCUCAUCCCUCAAACGGUCCUAACGUUCAUCUUUCUAGAACAGCUGAGGACCUAUUGUGGCAUCAGGGUCAUCACCUGAUCUCACGCGAGGAGUCUCAACUUUGACCUUUGUGUCGGGGUGUCUGCCAUAGCAUGCCCCCUACUGUAUUUAACUGUUCUAACUGAACAUGACCGGGAGAUUACCUGGGUGCCAGUGAACAGGCCAAUUUGAACCCUUCAGGCACCCUUGACCCAGAGCCAAAACCCUGAAAACAAAAGAAAUGCCCCCAGCUUGGCCUGGCGACCACCGUCAUGGACCAGUACUCAAUGUAGCCUCUGAGCCGUGUCUUGACGUGGACUGGACGAAAGGACAACGUAAUGUCUGGGAAGGUUGUCUGUGGAGGAUGAGCAUGAUGGGGUGUCGUCUUGUUAACCUCCAAUAGCAGAGGUCAUUAUCCUUUCCAUUUCCCUGUGGUGGGGCUCCCAGGCCGGGGACUCAGUGCAACAUGCCCUUCCGGAGAUCGUUUCUAGACGAGGCCUACUGACUGAGAAUCGAAUGGAUUAUGAUAGCGAUUGAUUGACUGGAUUACUAAUGAUCUACUUUGUGAUGUAAGGAUCUAUUAUGACUGAGUAAAUAAAACGCUGACAUCUAAAGUGGCCCUCUUCUGUAUAAUGUCCAUUGGACUCAUCUUAAAAGUAAUGCGCUAUCAAGUGAAUAUAAAGCAAUUUGGGACACAAAUGAAUGUCUGAAAUAGACUGGUCUUUGAAAUGAGCCUUAAUGUAUCAAGCCAACUCCACUUGUGCCCAUAAUAUGCCUUGUGUUAUAAUGCCCACAUUGGUUCUCAACCUGUUUUGACUCAGGACACAUUGAACCAGGAUGUCUGUUAUGACCCAAUAUUCUCACUGCAGCAUUUCAAUGUAUUGACUGUUAAUGUCAGGGAGCAACAUUGCUACCUUUUUCAUUGUCAAUAAUAACACGUUGC